GCUUACACCACAGUCAUUACAAAUACUCUGUUAUGUUCCUGUCCUGAUUUCCAAAAAGCUUUUUGUCUUCUUGAAAGUUUUGAAUGUAGAACCAAACAGCAAAUUUAUUUAUCAAAAAGCUUUGCUAACAGAUGAAUUAAGAACAAUUUUUGACAGUUCUCCUAAAAUCACUUUGCAGCCAAGCCAAAAAUCUGUCAAGCAACUUAAAGAACAAAUUACUUUUAUAAAACAACAUAAACGUAAACCAAUUGAUGGAAAAUGUCCUAUCUGUUACGACCCUUUGAAUAACAAUGAAAAAUUGGUUUGGUGCCAAAGCGGUUGUGGAAACAAUAUACAUGAGGAUUGCUUUAUCCAGUGGGAAAGAAGAACAAGUCCAGCG